AAAAACUCAGUUUGUUCUUAUGACUACAAAACCUUUUGUUUUCCCUUUUAUUUUAUUUUCUUUUUUAAGCAAAGCAGGGUGUGUUGUCUUGGGAUAUUGCCCUGCUUUGGAUGAGCUGUCAGCAACAGGCUAAAUGCCUUGGUGAUUUCCUGGCGAGACAUUUCUUGGCUGAUGUAUUUGAGCUUAAACCAAUUCUUCUUUUUUUUUUUCUUUUUUUUUUUUUUUUUCAGUGUGCAGCUGUUCUAUGUCUUUGACUAGGAAGGUAAAAAAAAUAGUACUCCGCAUUUGUAAAAUACUUUUCUCCACAGACCCCUCCCUCAUAUUUGUAGCACAGUUUGGGAAGUGGGUGUUGCUGUUACCAUUUUAUGGUCAAGACCAGUGGUCGGCAGGUUGCCAAAUGUGUUUAAUAUUUAUAGUAUCCCAGUUACUGCCAUUUAGAAGAUCACCCUAAAAUGGAAGUCUUUCAACUCUGCUUCAGAAAAUCAACCCAAAAUUCACCAUUUCUUUGCCCCAUCUGUUCUGUUUUGUUGCAGAAUGGGGAAAAGUGGUUGCCAAUUUACCACUGUAGGCUUUUCAACCCACACAUACACUUAAAAUCCCACUUUGCCUGAUAAAAUGCACUGUUUCUUUUAGGUUGCAGUAGAAGGCUUUAUCAGGAUGGAGAACCGAGUCACCCAAUCAGAACUGAGACAGAGCUGGGAAAUGGCAGAAUUUGGGCCCAUGUCACAUCACUUCAACCUACAAGAUUGAAGGUCAUGGUCAACUCAUGCCACUGACAGAUUUUGAGCUUCCUUAGAUUUGCUGAAAAUUUUCAUGUAGUACAGCACAACUUGCAACUUCACCUUAAGAUAUCUACUGAGGUUCAGAACUUCCUCAGUGUUUAUAUAUAUUUCUAUCUUUCUCUUGUUUACUUUUUUAUUAAGUCUUCAUAGUCCUCCUUUAUGGUUAUUGGAUAAUUUCUCCUCAUGAGUAACCUCACAUCUUUCAGACUGUGGGACAAGAAGGUGACAAGCUGAGUGCCAUGUAAUUCAGAAGUGUAUGAUUAUUCUGGGGCAGCAAGAAACCUGAUCUGAAGUAGUUACAGAAUGGAAGGUCCUGCUCUGGCAGCUAGUUUGAAAGAAGUUUCAUAAAUUUUGCUUUGGGCUGGACACUGAUAUUCCAGUGAAGGAUAAGAUCAGCUUUUAAAACUUUGAGGGAUGUAUUCUGAAUUUAUUACAAGUCUUAUUUGAAGGCUGGAGCAUAGCUGUGCUGCUGCAGGAACGCAUUUUUCUUUCCUUCUUGUUCCAGUGGAGGAUUAAUCUGCUGAUGCUCUAUAGUUUUUCUUCAAGCUGUGUAGGCAACUGCAUGGGAGAAAAUAAUGUUCUGACUAUUUUAACCAUUCCUGCCUGAAAUUUGUCACUCUGUCUAUUGAUGUACAUAGAAAGAGGAAGAAAAACUGUUAGCUUGCCCUUAAUGUAGUAUAUAGAGAGCUAUGGAAAUCUUUUCACAUUUUUCCUGAGACUGAACUAAUGAUCACAACCUGCAUCUUCUUGAGAGAGCAUCAACUGAUGCACUAAUUAAACCCUAGUAAUUCUCACAUUGGAAAACUAUUAUGUACCAUGUGGUACUUUAGGAAAAAAAAAUAAUUUUGAGAAAUACAGAAGAGCCAAAGUUGCUCAGAAUUUCACAGGCGAUUCAAUAUACUCCUCUCAGUUACAGGUUCUUAGUGCCACUAAGCUAUUAAUUUUUAAAGAAAACAUUGGAUUAAAAAGUUUAUUAAUCCCCACUCCCAACAAAUAUUGGUUGCUCCCAACAAAUCUUAGUAGGAAAAGUUAUUUCUAGUGUAUUCCAUCUUUAGAUAGAGGUGGAGAUUAAUCACAUUAUCAAGCCAAAUUUGGAACAUUUUCUUCCAGUGUAACAUGCAGGUUAACACUGUAUUUUAAAGAUCCUUUAGACAGUGUAUUUCCCAGUGGUACAUUGCAAGCAGAGAUUUCAUUUAUUCAGCCAGAUCACAAACAAUUUAAAUUAUAUAAUGUGUCUAAAUUUGACCUUUCUGAACUUUUUUUUUUUUUUUUUUUUUUUUUUUGCUUAGACUGUCAGAUCCAGUUUUAAGAUACAAAAGUAGUGGAAUUGAAUGAAAUCUGUAAAUGCCUCAUAGUUUUAAUUAAGCUUCUGUGGACUACAUUUAAUUUUCUUCUUUUUCAUGCCAUUCUCUUGUACUUUGACUUUUUUCAGGGAUAAAAAUCAUUUUACUUAAUGACAGUCUCAGUACCUGUGUUACAAUGGGUGGGCUACCAGUGAAACCAGCAUACUGCUAUUAUUCUCCUGGUAAAAGAUUUUUUAUGUAAUACAAAGUACUAAUUUAAAAUAAUGUCUAUUCAGUUCUCUAUUUUGAAAUUACUUUGAUGACAUAUUCCAAAACUGCCUCCACAGCCUGUUCUAGUGCACUACCACCACAGCAGUACAGACUCUUUCAUUUUAAUGAUAAAAAAACUUGGUAAAAAUUCGAAAACAUCAAGUGAUACUAGUCUUUCUUUCAAGCAACCCAGAACACUCAUGCCAAAUAUACAAAAAUGCUCAAGAAUAGCAUAGAAGAAAAUCUGUCAGAGUUUAUGACAAUGAAAAUAUAGUGUUUGAUGUGUCAUGUAGAGGUGAUAAGCUGUAAUUUUCCUUCAGGAUUCAAGUAGUAAUAUAUAAAAUCUACUGUGCAGUUCAAAUGUGGUUUAUUAAAUCCAGGCAGUAAAGGAGUGAUGUGUUGGCUGCCCUUUGUGCUGUAGACAUUCCCAAAUAGUUAGAUCAGGCCUUCAUAGUGUACAAUUCUUUCCACAGAAAUUUGAAACCCAUCAAAACAUUUGCAUUUCUUCAAGUAAAAGAUGAACCACCACUUUAGGGUAACUUCAUUUAUUUGUCUUAAUAUUUUUUUGUUCAGUUUAGGAGAGACUGUAAUAAAUAAUGGCGAACCUUGUUCACCUAAGGACACAAGGAAUGUUGGACCUGUGGAGGAACCACUCCAGGCAGAAGAGAAAAAUAGAUCUGCAGAUAUUUCAAAACAAAAAGAACAAUGCCUUGUACCAUGUGAUGCUCAAGCUAAAAUUUUACGAGGGGACAAACAUUACAUGUGCAGAAAUUUGCAGAACUCACUUGCUGAAUAUGCCAGAAGUACAAAAAAACUGGUAAGAGACAUGAUGAAUGAUCAACAAUCUUCGCUAGAUUACCUUUCUAAUCAGGUAAAUGAACUUAUGAACAAACUUCUUCUUUUGAACACUGUAAUUCUGAGAAAACAUCUGGAUCCACUUCCUUAUAAAGCAGUUCAAUCUCAUGGUUUGGACUGCACUCAUAUUAAAGAUACUGUUGGUUCCGUUUCAAAAACUCCAAGUGGUCUGUACAUUAUCCAUCCAGAAGGAUCAAAUUAUCCUUUUGAGGUUUUAUGCGACAUGGAUUUUCGAGGAGGAGGAUGGACUGUGGUUCAGAAAAGAACUGAUGGAAUUGUUCAGUUUCAGAGAACAUGGUCUGAAUAUCUGGAUGGAUUUGGUGACCUUACUGGAGAAUUUUGGCUUGGACUGAGGAAGAUUUUUGACAUUGUAAAUCAAAAGGCCACUCAUUUCAGUCUUUAUGUGGAUUUGGAAUCAGAAAAUGACAAGCAUGCCUAUGCAUCAUAUGAUGGAUUUUGGAUAGAGGAUGAAGCAUGUUAUUUUAAGAUCCAUUUGGGGCAUUAUUCAGGAAAUGCUGGUGAUGCAUUUAGAGGAUAUAGAAGAGAAGAUAACCAAAAUUCCAUGCCUUUCAGCACUUUUGAUGUUGAUAAUGAUGGAUGCAGGCCAAUGUGCAGUAUUAAAGGACAGCCAGUAAAGAGCUGUAGUAACUUCAGUGAUAACACCGGAUGGUGGUUCAACAAGUGUGGCCUUGCAAAUCUUAAUGGUGUUCAUCGCUACACAGGUAGAUUCCUUGCAACUGGCAUUCACUGGGAUACAUGGACAAUGAACAAAAAACCAGUCAAAAUUAAAUCAGUAUCAAUGAAAAUUCGGAGAACCAAUUAUCCAUAUUUCCAUUAAUAUAUGAAAGUAGAAAUAUAUCUCUCUUUGCAAUUCAGUGAAAUAAUGUAUCACUAUAAUCAUAAAUAGUUUUCAUCUUCACUCGAACAGUUCAGUCUUAAAACUUUAUUAGACAUUUCUAUAAUACAGUUACUAAAUUUUAUUAUGAAAUGUCAGCAUUUAUAGUGUUCCAGCUUGAGGAAGAAGAGCCUAAGAACUGGGUUUUCAGGAAAAGGAUUAAGCUGAGGGUCUGUCAGCUUUUAUUCAACUGCUUCUUAAAAAUUCUCAGAACCAGCAGAAAAAAUUAUAAAAAGAAGUGUAAUGCUGACUUUUGAAUGUGCUCUUUCUAUGCUCUCUACAUAUCUAAAUUGGCAGGAAGUUUUAGCAAAUUUUAUUUAAAAAAAAAUAUGUACCUGCCAUUUUCAUUGUAAUAUUUUGGAAAACUACUACAUCUUAAGUUAGAUUUCCGGCAUCAGCUUUUGUUUCUAUAUUCCUUAUCAGGCAAGAUAACAAUUGUUUCAAUGUAUAAAUAAGGUUUUGUAUAUCAUAAUGGCCCGAUUUUUAUACAAGUAUUGUUGAUAGUGACAUUCAAGAACUAAGACCAAUUUUAUAUUUAAUUUUCAUAGUCAAUGUAUUUCAUAAUCCAAUUUUGACUCUACCAUUGCCUAUUUCAGAAUUGACUAAAAAUUCAAACUUUUUUCCAAAGAAAAUGUAUAGCUUUUAAUAUAACCUGUGCAGUUUUAAUUUUUGGAUAUAUGGGCCUGAUCUUAUGUUUUUCAUUCUUAAUGGCUGUCACUUCAUGAAUGAUCAUGUGGUAAUGAAUAAAACCAACUUAAAACU